GAUUUCAAGCUGAAGGAUGUUGUGGUCGGUUCCGAGAUUUUCUUCCAGUCGGGUCCAUUCCGCCUCGGAUAUUCCUAUUGUAAAGAUUACGCCUUUGCUGAUGCCCUCUGGGGUCCUGACAUGAGCUUUGACUUCGUGAAUGGAGCCUCCAAGCUGGAUGCUGGUGAUACUGAGGAGCAUGUCUUAUCAGCGCACGAAAGAAAAAUUGUGAAAGCUUAUUGCACGUGCAAGGCUGGAUGUCGUGGCUGGUGCAAGCACGGCGCGGCACUGGCCCUGUAUGUCAACUACCACCAACACACGUCGUGUACGGACCUGCCGUGUGCUUGGCGAAAGCCAUCGACCCGUCCAACGCUUGACACAAAGAAGUCCAUCAGUGAACUAUUCCCGAGUAAGUGUGAGCGCCUGUUUGCACUUUGCGAAAUCUUUUUGAACAUGUGCAACUGUGUUUUUCGUUCAGGUGGUCCCAUCAUAAAGCCAAUCCUGAAGCCCCUCAGCCCGACAGUCGUGCACAGCCAGUUUCCCGACGUGAACUGCGCGUUCAGGCAUGUCAUAAAUUUUGAAGAGAGUUGCGCGAUUGAGGCACCUGAUGCUGUUGUCGCCGUUGCUGCCAAGCAAACUGACGAGUCGCACUGCGACCUCGUAAAAAAAAUAUUUGAUAAUGAGCGGCAGCUUCACCAUAGCUUUGAAGUUUCAAGCACAUUACCCCUGAGGCUCAAAAAAAGUGACAUGUUGUCCACGCUCUCAGCAAAGGAGAAAUGCUUUUAUGAGUGUGCGAUAAGCAAAAGCAUGGAUGAGGUUGUAGAAAUUGCUUUAGCAACAAGGCGGCAAGCAUCAGUGACAAGGUUUGUUGCUAUAUUAUACCUAGUGUAUCCACUUGUGUUUCUUGUGUUUCCUCUUAUUGAUGAGCAUACCUUAUCACAGAUGGCACAGAGAACGCCUCACCUUUUACUGAUGCUUUGUGCAGGAAAACAAAUGGAAAAUGAAGCAAGAGCAGAGCUGUCCACAGCACUUGGCACUGUCAUCCACGAAGUUGGCCUUUUCAUCCACCCGGAGCAACCCUGGCUAUGCUGCAGCCCAGAUGGCAUUCUGGAUUCAGAUGGAAGAAUGUGUCUGAUCGAGAUAAAGUGCCCAUUUUCUCUAAAGGAUAGGAAACUCAUCGACCAUGAACACGAAGAAAGCUUCGUGCCAUACAUUCACUAUGUGAAUGGCCAACUUCGGCUGAAGAAAACGCACCAGUAUUAUUCUCAGAUGAUGCUUAUGCUGUACAUUUUAGGCAUGAGAGAAGCGUUUCUUUAUAUUUAUUCAUCACAGCAAAGCAUCACCGUAUGUGUAGAGCGCGAUGAAACUUUCCUCGCAGAAUAUGUGCCCAAACUUGAGACCUUUUAUUUUAAACAUUUCUUGAGUGAGAUAGUUAAGUACACCUGAAAGCAUUCUAAUUUUUUCUUCUUUUAUGUACUAUGUGAUGCACCAGUGAUAUUGUUCUAGUGCUUUGAAAUGUUUUAAAAUACCUGAAAGCAUUCUCAUUGUUUUGCUUCUUUUAUGUACUAUGUGAUGCACCAGUGAUAUUGCUCUAGUGCUUUGAAAUGUGUUAGACCUUUGCGUUCCGGUAAAUGUUAAUGGUACUCUAAGUUGGUUUAUGGUGUUUAACGUCCCAAAGUGACUCGGGCUGUGAGAGACGCCAUAGUGGAUGGCUCGGAAUAAUUGCGACCAACGGCCAGAUGGCUGGUGCGAAGAGAGCCAGAGAAGGUGACUCACAAUAAUGAAAUGCUCAGCACCUUUUCGUGUCCAGGUGCAAGGAUUUGUCACCUUGCGUCUAAGGUACCGACGGCUUCGGCAUUGUCGCGGCCAUUGAUAACGAUCAGCUCUGUCAAGUAAUCCCCUUGGGGUGUCGUAUUGAGACUGAUACUGCAUUUGACAAAUGAGGUGAAUGAUGUUUCCCCUAUUAAGUGGUCUGGAGAAAUCAAGACAUUUAAGCUGCGUUUUGAGAUGCUGGAGAGAUUUCCGCAACCAGCAUGAUGUGAAUCAACAUCUUUUCGAUUUAACGAUGUAUUCGUCACUGAUGCUUGAGGGCUCCUGGCCGAAAGGCGACAAUGAGUCCUGGCAGUACUGACACUGCAGCGUACAAGAGCUUCUGUAAAUAAAUAGUAGUCUAGUCACCGAUUCAGAGCAUUUAUUUGUUUGCAUUUUUGUGCGUCCUGGCAGAGCACAU